AUGUUUUGGGAAAGUGGUUUGGAUACGAAAGCCCACCGGAUCGGCAACUUUGAUGGCAGCAGUAAUUACGGUAUACUACAAAUCAGUGAUUUAAUGUGGUGUCAGGCAAACGGUCGCAAAAAUAACACAAACUUUUGCGAUUCUUCGUGCGAUAAGUUUCGUGAUUCAGACAUAACGGAUGAUAUGAAGUGUGCGCUUCUUAUAUAUAAACUCCAGGGCUUUGACGCCUGGGGAACUUAUAACACCCGGUGCCACUCAGACAACAAUCAUUACACGGAAGGCUGCAAUACCCAGAAUUUGACGCCAAAGGAGAAAAACUCAGAAAAUAGUGAGAAAGCAUUGAUUCCGUCGAUAAAAGACACAAAAAAGAAGUCUUCUUUAGAUGUUGAGAAAAACUCAGAAAAUAGUGAGAAAGCAUUGAUUCCGUCGAUAAAAGACACAAAAAAGAAGUCUUCUUUAGUGAAACAACUGCUGGAAAUGUCAAAAACAUCGAUGAAUUUACCCGAAAGGAUGUUCAGAGGAAUCAAUCGCCGGUCGAUCGCAAACAGCACUCAAACGAAGCCACAAAACAAAGCCAAAGCUAACGGCAAACCCAACGCUAGUAAAAGCGAUGCCAACAAGAAAGUGGUCAGAAGUCAGGUAAAUAACAGUAAGGAUAAGGGAUUAAAGCGGACAAAGAGGGGACUGUUAGGUCAGGAUAGCAUAAACCCGUUUGAAGAUGCCAGGAUAUUUGUGUUCAACCCUUUGUGUUGCUUUAAUUGGAAGGCGGCGGACGUGGAGUGGUCUAACGCCAAGAACUGGUAA